AUGUAUAAGAUGGAUUACUCCUACCUGAACUCCUACGACUCCUGCAUGGCAGCCAUGGAAGCGUCGGCCUACGCGGACUUCAGCUCCUGCAGCCAGGCCAGCUCCUUCCAGUAUAACCCGAUCCGGAGCGGGCCGUUCUCCAACCCGGGCUGCACGCCUCUGAGCACGGCCAGCUGCACGCUGGGAGCCCUGCGAGAGCACCAGCCCACACCCUACUCCUCCGUUCCCUACAAGUUCUUCUCGGACCCUUCUGGGCUGAAUGAGAAGAGGAAGCAGCGGCGCAUCCGGACCACCUUCACCAGCUCCCAGCUGAAGGAGCUGGAGCGGGUCUUUGCGGAGACGCAUUACCCGGAUAUCUACACCCGAGAGGAGCUUGCACUGAAGAUAGACCUGACCGAGGCCCGGGUUCAGGUGUGGUUCCAGAACAGGCGUGCCAAAUUCCGUAAGCAGGAGCGGGCAGCUAAUGCCAAGGCCAACAGCUCUGGUGGAAACACUGGGAGCAACAGCAGCAGCAACAGCUCUGGAGGAAAGAAGGGUGGAGAAACAAGAUCUUCAUCAGAUGACGAUGAGUCCAAAGAGUCCACCUGCAGCCCCACGCCAGACAGCACUGCUUCCUUGCCUGGCUCGGCCAACGGGAACCUGGGGAGCCCAGCCAGCCUGAGCCCCAGCCCGGCCCCCGCCAACAGCGGCUACACCAACACCUCCAGCUCCCCGGUCCUCCAGGGGUUGAAGCCGCCCAGCUGGUCCAGCCUGGGGCCGUCCAACCCGGCUGUGGCCCAGCCUGCUGCUCAGACUCAGGAGAUUCUGAAGGCCUGGCAGCCAGCGGACAGUAUGACCGGGCCCUUCGCUGGAGUCCUGUCCUCUUUCCACAGAAAACCCAACCCUGCCAUCAAGACAAAUCUGUUCUGAGGCAGAGAGGAGGAGAAAGACAAGGAGCAAUCAGAGACAGAUAAGAGCUUCAGACUUUUUUUCUUUUUAGUGGAGAUUCUAAACACAACUAUGGUGUUCUGGUCAGAGCCCAGAUGGUACCAGGUUCUGCUAGUCUAAGCAUGUUCUGCAGCUGUACAGCACCUAGAUACCUGGAUGUGGACAGAUUCUUGUGACUCUACUUUCCAGCUGAGUUUCUCCUUUUUAAGACCAAACUGAAGGACUUUCUCUAUUUGUUGACUUUGAACUCCACAGUGUCAAACUGUCUCCUAAGCAGCCCGAGUUCUUGCAUCGUCUCCCUUUGUUGAAUUCUCACAUUCCCACACUCUGCAGAAUUUCUCUGAUGAAGUAUGGAGGUCAGGUACGACCUAAAAGCAGAAAUCCAAACAUCAAGAUCCUUGCUGAGGAAACAAAGCGAACCUUUACCCUCAAGCACAACUAGAUACACAGACUUUUUUUUUUUUAGAUCCCCCCCAAAUCUCUUUGCCAAGCAGAGUAGGGGGGCUGCUUUAAAAUCCAAUUAGACCUGCUGGUUUCAGACCUGACACCUCCUCAGAUCAGCUCUCCCCCUCCUCCAUAUGUAACACAUCACAUCCUGACCUCUGGGGAACAGUAGCCACUUUUGUUUAAACUCAAAAGGGUGCAGGAUUUGGAGUGGAGCCUCCUGAACAUCCAGAGCUGAGUGCAUCCUGCAGAUUUCUGAGUCUGAUGUAUCUGAUAGUUUCUGCUGCUGGUAUAGUAAAGCAGCCAGUCGCUGCCUCCAUCAGAAUCGGUUGCUUUCUAUUCCCUCAACCUAUUCUCAUCGACCUACAGACCUUUUUUAUGCAUCGACCUUGCAUAAAAUGUCCAAUUUUGUCCUCUGCUGCCUCUACCCUGGUGAUGCAAAACCCCUGUUAGAUCUUCCUCAGAAUCGAAAAAAAUAAACAUGUAUUUAUUAAUAUUUUUCACAUGUCUUUGAAUGGCUGUAAAUUCUGUAGAUAGUAAUAUAUUAGAUAGUUGUCCCACUUUUUUUUUUUGGCUUUACAGAUCUACUUCACUGCGAAGCGUCUGUCUCACAGGAACAUGUGGAGCUCUGGUGAAUGAGAAGUUAUAGCACUACUCUGAAUAUUCAAAUAAAUCUACAUUAUGAAGGCACUACGUGACACAUCUCAUGACCUGGUCAUUGCAUUUGACAAAAUGUGACGUUUUUGCAUGUUUUGCAGACAAGACAAAAAGAGUCACCUUGUAAAAUGAGGAGAAAUAUUAGAUUUUAAUUGAAAUA